AUGGGGGCAUCAACAGAUUAUGAUCAAACCAAAGGCAUAAACACUAAGCCAGAAGGUGACGGAUCUAAACAGGAACCAUUUGGAAAAGAUACCCUCAACUCUACCUGGAAUUCCGAAAAUGAGUCCUCUUUUCGCACUUUCUCCCAGAAGUCUUCCAAUCUACCAUUUGGACAAUCAAUCGAAUACGAUGCGAUCAGUGGUCCUACCUAUGUUACUGCACAAACUCUGGUUCAACAAGUAGCAUAUGCGCUCUCCGAUAAGAUCUUCUCUUAUUCCCCAGAAUCCUUUGAUUUGGAUGUUGCUGUAAAGUCUUGGGCUGCGGCAAAUACAAAGAAUGCCAAUGGAUACACUACAGAAGUUUCUCCCAUGCAGACUCGCUCUGGCGCUGGAUCAAUUGCUCUUGGAUACAUGUUUUCAAAGGAUUUCGACUUGACCAAAAGACACAUCCCUCAAUCACUUUUGGCCUCUUCUUCCAGCCUGCAUAGCCUGCGUUCAACUCUCGAUCAACUUUCUCUACUGUACUCUGUCGCAAACCCAUUUGUCGCCCACGUUGCCGCCGUUGACUACGCACCGGGAUCUACUGGUCUCGUUACUGACUAUGCAACUGCUUUGACUGUGGCAGAGGAAUUGGGACUUGGUUUGGUUUCUAGUUCAUCUGCAUAUGAAGCCCAACAUAUGUCUCUCUUUUCUACCCUGUUGGCGACUAUUCUUCCCACAAUUCAUACUUAUGAUGGAAUCACUGUUGGUCGUGACACCCUUCGUGUCAUUGACAUCCUUAGUCAAUCUGGUCUUAGCAGUUCCUAUAAGACAGUUCUUGAAGAGAUAUCGAAACUCGGAAAGAGAGCUGAUGCUGAAAGUAAGGUUUCUUCACUUCUUGAGGCUUUCAACAGCGAGCUUGGUACAUCUUAUGGGCUCUUUGAGUACAGCGGACACGAGUCACCUGAAUCCGUUUUGGUUGUAUUUGGUUCUGUUGAGAGUUCUCUUGCCACUCAAGUCGCCAAGAAGCUUUCUGCUGAGGGCGAGAAAGUUGGUGUUAUUAAUGUCAGAGUCUACAGACCUUUUGUAGAGGAAGCUUUCUUGAAGGCUCUUCCUGCAUCAGUUAGAAAUAUUGCAGUCCUUGGCCAAGUUUUGGACGAGACGGCCGCAACAGACGUUUCUGGUCACUCUAACUUAUAUGAGGAUGUUUUGGCAGCAACGGUGUUCUCCGAUCAAUUCACAGCUUCUCCAAAGGUAGUUGAUGUUAAGUACGCUCGAUCGCAAGUAUUUACUCCUACUUCUAUCGCUAGUAUCUUCCAUCAGCUCGGUGGCAAGUCCUUCAACGACUUUGUUUCACUAUUGAGUGUUGGACAAGUUCAACAAUAUUCAUUCUUCGAUCUUGAGGAUUCUGCUGCUGCUACUGCACCUUCUGCCAUUAGCAAACUUCUCUCUGGCGAUUCGGCUGGCAAUGUCCUUAUCAAUCAAACUCAUGACAACUUCAUUCAAGGUGGUGUCGUUAGAACUGAUAUUCGAAGCUCAAAGAAGUCAAUCGAGGCUGCUUAUCCAGUCGAAGAAGCCGAUGUUACCUACAUUGGAGACGAGAAACUUUUCAAGGAGAUUGCCAUCUUGCAGAAUGUCAGAUUGGGUGGAAAGAUUAUUGUCAAGCUUCCAGGUGUUAAAGACGAAGAUUUGGAGAAGAAGAUUCCAAGCUUUGUUCGUAACGAGAUCAAGAAAAGGGAUGUCGAAUUAUUUGUUUUGGAUCCAACUUUGUCUGAAGCUCUUGAGAAGGAACCUGCUCUUGAAACUUUGUUCGCUGAGCUUGCAUUCUUGAAGGUUGCUUGCCCAGAACUUCUCGAGUCUGGCAAAGACAAGCUCGCCGCUAUUAAUGGAAGCCAAGAGCAAUUCCAAUCUGCAGUAGCCGAUCUUGAGAAGGUUGUACGCAAAGUUGAGAUUCCUGAGACUUGGGCUGAAGUCGAUGCUGAGGCUGAAGCCCUCAACCUUCCUGUAACCAUCAAGUCCAGCAGCUUUACUGGUUUCCAAAAGGAAGAUACUGAGGCUCCAUCUCAGCUUCGUGAUUGGCACGCAGCUGCCAAGGGCCUUCUUUUUAAGGAAGCUUAUGGCACCAAAUCUGAACUUCGACCAGAUCUCACUGCUAAGACCUAUGAAAUUACAGUGAAGGAGAACCGUCGUUUGACCCCUAUCACAUAUGACCGUAACAUCUUCCAUAUCGAGUUCGAUUUGGGAACUUCUGGUCUUAAAUAUGAUAUCGGUGAAGCCCUUGGUAUUCAUGCUGUAAAUGAUGUUGCUGAAGUUGAAGAAUUCAUGAAAUUCUAUGGUCUCAAUGCAGAUGAUGUCGUCGAGGUUCCAUCUCGUGAGGAUAACAAUGUUUGGGAAACAAGAACAGUCUUCCAAUCUUUGGUACAAAACAUCGAUAUCUUUGGUAGACCACCAAAGAAAUUCUACGAAGCUCUCGCCGAAUUCGCUUCUGACGAGAAUGAAAAGAAGGAACUUCUUACCCUUGGUGGUCCAGAAGGUGCCAAUGAAUUCAAGCGUCGUGCGGAAGUUGACACAAUUACUUAUGCCGAUGUUCUCCUUGAAUUUAAGUCUGCCCACCCAUCUUUCCACGACAUUGCCCGUAUCGUUUCACCAAUGAAGCGUCGUGAAUACUCCAUCGCCUCUUCUCAAGCCGUCAACCCAACCACCGUCGCUCUCAUGAUCGUCGUCGUUUCUUGGGUUGAUCCAAAGGGUCGCGAUCGUUUUGGUCAAGCUACACGUUACCUCUCUUCCCUUCCUGUCGGAUCAAAGGUCACCGCUUCCGUCAAGCCUUCCGUUAUGAAACUCCCAGCUCUCGACUCAGCUCCUCUCAUCAUGGCUGGUCUUGGUACGGGUCUUGCCCCUUUCCGUGCUUUCGUUCAAUACAGAGCUAUGCAAAAGGCUCAAGGCAAAGAUAUCGGUUCUAUCCUUCUUUACAUGGGAUCCCGUCAUCAACGCGAAGAAUAUCUGUAUGGUGAAGAAUGGGAAGCUUAUCAAGAUGCUGGCGUCAUCACAUUAUUAGGAAGAGCUUUCUCUCGUGAUCAGAAACAAAAGAUCUAUAUCCAAGACCGUAUGAGAGAAACGGUUAAGGAUAUCAUCCAGGCGUAUAUUAAGGAUGAGGGAUCAUUCUACUUGUGUGGUCCUACCUGGCCAGUUCCAGAUGUUACAGAGGUUCUUGAGGAAGCUAUUAGGGAAGAAGGUAGAAUUAGUGGAAAGAAGGUUGAUGGAAGGAAGGAGAUUGAGAGAUUGAAGGAAGCGGGUAGAUAUGUUUUGGAGGUUUAUUAG